AUGGAAAGUAUGUUUAGCACGACUGGUAUGGUAGCAGCACCGCAGCAAGCGACGGGCCAGGUCGCAUCAAACGGUAGCAUCACCCUACCUAGGUCACACCAUCAGAGACCAGGCCGUCCACCUGCAGCUCCAAAAUCGUAUGACUACUUGUUAAAAGUUUUACUUGUUGGGGAUUCUGAUGUUGGGAAACAAGAAAUUCUGCAGGAUUUAGAGGAUGGUUCUGCUGAUUCACCUUUUUGCAGUGGCAGUGCAUACAAAACAACAACAAUCCUCUUAGAUGGCAAAAGAGUGAAACUACAACUCUGGGAUACUUCAGGACAAGGCAGAUUUUGUACAAUCAUUCGUUCAUAUUCAAGAGGUGCUCAGGGAAUUCUACUUGUAUAUGAUAUAACAAAUAAAUGGUCCUUUGACAGUAUUGACAGGUGGCUUGAAGAAGUUGAAAAGCACGCCCCAGGAGUACCAAAGGUGCUAGUGGGUAAUCGGUUGCACUUAGCAUUUAAACGACAAGUACAAGAACGCGACGCUGAAAUGUAUGCAGCUAAAAAUCACAUGGCCUUUUUCGAAGUGAGUCCGCUCUGUGACUUCAAUAUAAGGGAAAGUUUUUGUGAGCUCUCGCGGAUGGCUCUACAUCGUAAUGGCAUGGAGCGAUUGUGGAGGAGCAAUAAAGUCCUCAGUCUCCAAGAGCUAUGUUGCCGUGCGAUCGUAGCACGAACAUCCGUAUACGGACUCGAAAGACUUCCGUUACCGAGCACGCUCAAGUCUCAUCUCAAGUCGUAUGCGAUAUCAGCCGCUCCUUCGAGACAUCGCGCUAGGCCCUCGAAACACUCGCACCAUACACGACUCAACUGUACUGGGAGAAAUUCUUGCAGUAUCACAUAA